UACAAAAUAUGUAAUUUCAAUUUUGUAUUUAAAUAUUUAAUUAAUAUUAAUUAAUAAUUAUUAUUUACAGAAUAUAGUAAAUCUUUCAUAAGAAGUGGUUACUUGAUUAUAUAUGUCUACUUCAAUGUCUGUCACCAAGUCUUAUACAAACAGGUUAAAAAGUGAUGUCAAAUGUAUGCUAGAAAAUUUUGAAGGUAUUGUAAAACUAUGCAAGACCGAUGAUGAUCAAACACAAAUUUCUAAAGCUACUCGUAGCGAAUUAAUAGCAUUUGAAAUGGAAGUCAGAGCAGCCAAUAUUGUUCGUGCUGGGGAGUCGCUUUUGAAACUAGUUUCAGAUAUGAAGCAAUAUCUUAUAUUGAAUGAUUUCCCUUCAGUCAAUGAAGCCAUUGCUCAAAAUUCAAAACUUUUUCGCACCAAACAAGUGGAAUGCGAUCGCAAACUAACAAGUCUAGUUGAUGAUAUGUCAACAGAAUUGUAUGAACUUGAAGAAGAAUAUUAUACAUCAAAUUAUAAAUAAAGAAUUGCAAAAAUUAAAUGAAUGGAUGGAAUUGUACAGUUUAAAUUUAUUAAAUAAAUUAAAUCAAGUUAAGAAAUGCUGAACAUUGGACCUACACAAACAAAAACAAAUAAUUACUUGAAUAUACUGAAUGAAUAAAAAUAUAAAUUGAAUGGCAAAAUAAUUGUUAUGUAGUUGAGGAUUUAUCAGAUAAAUUUAAAAUUAUUAAAUUCAUUCAAGUGAAAAUGUCAUGAAUGUCCUGAUGAAAAUUUAUUUAAGUUAUAUAUACCGAUAUAUGUUCUCACAAUUUUUACAUAAGUUAUAAAAAAUAUUUUAAUAUAUCAUGAUUGAAAAAAAUUAA